UUCACGGUGUAGAAUUUUCUGGUAGAUUCGAGAAGCUCCGGCCGCGCCGCAUGAAAAAGAUGCUCUAUUUCAAAGGAAACGGUUAAGAUUUCUCAAAGCCAUUUUAUUUGGGUGACGUGGCGAAAUUUGGGCCGAGAUGUCCAUUGAUAUGCAAUGACGAUAUCCACACAUUAGCCUCCUCUAAAUUUGUCUUUCCACUGCCUCUUUUCUCUUUCAUCUUCUCCUUCAAGUUCAUUUCUCAGCUUGCUUUUUUUUUUUUUCAUUCAUUAAAAAAGAUUAAAAUUUUAAACGUACCCUCAAUAUUUCUGUAAAUUCAAAUUUAAUUGAAGAUUUCAAUUUUUUUUCUUUUGUCGAAGUCGAAUUGGUGUAAAUUCUAGGGUUUUUGAUAGAACCACCCUUGGGUGAAUGCAAAAUGGAGGAUUUGCCGUUGCCAGCUCUCUUCGAACAAGCUCGUAAGAUCCAUCUAACGGCCACGGAGUCCGGUGCUGAUCAGGAUCUGGUAAAGAAAGGAUGCGAGGCGCUGGGGAAGUGCGAGGACAUGAUCAGCAAGCUAGGGCUUUUCUCAUCCAAUGAGACCAAAGAAGACAUCAGCACCACCAAUCUCAAGUAUCUUUUGGUGCCAUUUUAUCUUGCAGAGCUGACGGAAAAGCUUGCCCAGGAUGACAGGAUACAGAUUCUCAAAACUUCACAGGCAAAAUUGAAGGAAUUCAUUUCAUUUUGUGAGGCAAUGGAACUUGUACCAAAGGAAGAGUUGGAAGCUUCUGCACAAGGAGCUUGCAAUUCUUUUGCUGAUCGAAGAGCCUUAAAGAUUGCUCGAUUCAGACGCCAAAGAGCUGCAGAAGCAAAACUGACCGAAAUAAAGGAGCGGAAGGAGCGGCGCGGGCGUUCAGCAAAAGCAGCUGCCUUAUCCACUCCUGUUGAGGUUGGAGAGGAGGAGGUGCUGGAUGACGAUGGGGAGGAAGAACGGGAGGCUUGGCUUACUACUAUCUCGCUAACUAUUUGUAAGGCAUUUGAUCUGCUUGAAAUGCUAAAGAAGGAAGAAGAAAUGCUUUCUGCUAUAAAGGAAAAACAACUAAAGGAAGGAGAAAAGGAAUUUUCUCAGGCUAUCCUUGAUGAUCGCACCAAGAAAGCAGAGGCAUGGCAUCAUGAUGCUGCAGCUCGUGCACGAUAUACUAAACCCACACCACCUAUCACAUGUGCUACAUUUGCUCAAGAUGUUAUUGAAGGAAGGGCAAAAGUUUCGCAGGCACAUGACCACAAACACCAGCCAAUGAUCUUUGGACCACAAAGCCUUAUAGGUGGAAGCCUAACAAAUGAGAGGGAAAGGAUGGCAGCACAGGUUUUCCAACCUGGUUAUAGGAUGCCAACUAUGAGUAUCGAGGAAGCUGGUUUGAGGGAGAUGGAAAUGAUGAAUAAAUGGCAGGAGAGGAAUGCAAAAAUGUUUGAAGAAGCCAACUCAGCAUGGUAUAAGGACAGCCCAAAGUUGGGACCAAGUGAAGAUGAUGAAGAUGAUGAUGCUGCCCAAGAGAAGGCAAGGGCAUGGGAUGACUGGAAAGAUGAUAACCCUCGAGGUGCUGGUAAUAAAAAGCUUACCCCCUGUGGAUGAAAGCUGACAAGUAGUUCUCAUAUUUCUCUUAUGAUGCAUUCUUUCAGACUUAAUUAUUGGUGGUUUUAGAAACAUUUUCCCAAUUUCUAUUUUUCUAAUAGAUGUUCUUAUAAAAUUUUGUCAGUUUGCUUUGAGCAAUGUAUAAAAUUCAUGUCAAUUAGAA